GGCUAAAAAUCCUGAAAUAAAAGAGUCUGAUUUAGUGCCCUAAAACUGAAAUAUUCUGUAAAAAGAAUUAGGGAUUAGAAAUUAUAAGAGAAGAUGGAAUGGUGGAUCAAUAUGCCAAAAGUGGAAUUACAUGCCCAUCUUAAUGGCUCCAUCAGGAAUUCAACUCUACUAGAACUUGCUCAAGAAUUGGAUAAAAAGGGCACCGUUGUCUUUUCUGAUUUUGAGCAUGUUAUUCGGAAAAAUGAUCGAUCACUACGGGAAGUGUUCAAGUUGUUUGAUCUUAUUCAUAUGGUUACCACUGACCACCAAACAAUAGCAAGAAUUACAAAAGAAGUUGUUGAAGAUUUUGCAGCUGAGAAUGUGGUUUAUUUAGAGUUAAGAACAACUCCAAAGGGAAAUGAUUCUAUAGGUAUGAGCAAGCGGUCAUACGUAGAAGCUGUUGUGGAAGGUUUUAGAUCUGCGAGUAGUAGUCUUGACAUCAACUUUUCUUUAAAUGAUCUUGAGAAAUGUCCAGCUAGAACAGGAAAAAUGAUAUAUGUCAGACUUCUGCUCAGCAUUGAUCGUCGUGAAUCCACUGCAGCUGCAAUGGAAACUAUCAAUCUUGCUUUGGAAAUGAAGGAUAUGGGUGUUAUUGGGAUCGACCUUUCUGGCAAUCCAAAUGUUGGUGAAUGGGCAACAUUUCUCCCGGCUUUAAAGUUUGCUAAAGAACAAGGUCUUCCUGUAACACUUCAUUGUGGCGAGGUACCUAAUUCGGUUGAAAUCCAAGAGAUGCUCGACUUUCUUCCUGGUAGAAUUGGACAUGCAUGUUGCUUUGAAGAUGAAGAAUGGAGGAAACUUAAGUCUUCCAAGAUACCUGUUGAAAUAUGUUUAACUUCCAACAUCCGAACUGAGACAAUUUCUUCCAUGGAUGUUCAUCAUUUUGGUAACCUUUACAAGGCAAAUCAUCCGAUAGUCCUUUGCACGGAUGACUCGGGGGUGUUCUCCACGAAUCUUUCCAAUGAAUAUGCCCUUGCAUCCUCUACUUUCGGUCUUGGAAAAGCAGAAAUGUUUCAACUAGCACGAAAGGCUGUUGAUUAUAUAUACGCUGGAAAUGCAGUACAGAAGGAACUGAUCAAGGUUUUUGAAUCAGCCGCUGAGACGCUAGAGUACAAUUAGAAAUGCCCACGGUAUAAGACGAUGGAUAUUGUGAUAUUGCUAUACAUUCUUUCUGGAACAAAAUGGUGUCAAAAUGUGCUUUCAGUUUUUUAGACUAUACUAUUUUAGUUUUGAAAGUUGAAAGUUACAAUGACCAAGAAAGGGUACGAACAGAUAUUUUGGAUCUUUUAAUGUGGUCUAUAUCUCACUAAAUGUGGAUAGGUUUUAAUGUUUUA